CAGAGCUGACAGAUACGCACACCACUUAACGUCCAACUCAGACAGGUUCAUGUGAAGCGGUCAUUGGCAAUUGCAUACAACACAGUAUCAAGUGCUGGCAUUGAUAUCGACUUUGAACCCAGCAAGGAUUUGUGGAGUGUUUUGAAGGGGGACUGAACACUUUUGGACUUUUGUUGCUGGGAGCUAUUUGAGAAAAUGGGCAAAAGAGAUGAACGGCGAUAAAGUUGAUGACGACUGAUGUCUGUGUUGGGUGCCUGCUUGGUCUGGCAGGAACAACUGUUACACAGGAACGACUUAUUCAGGAUUGCUUUCAACAGUGAUCUUCAUUCGUGAUUUUAAGGGAAACCCGUACCACUUUUCUGCUUCUCACUGACUCUCGCCUACUUGGGUCCAGCAUCCUGCUGCCCCCCUCCAAAAAAAUGGAGAACUCCACAAAGGGAGGAAAUGUGAACGGCGGCGGCUUCACGCUGGACUGCAACAUGACGGGCACGCACUCCUUCAUCUUCACCUUCAUCCCUGUGGUCUACGGCUGCAACUUCGUCCUGGGCGUGGUGGGCAACAGCAUGGUGGUGGCCGUCAUCCGCUACUACAUGCAGAUGAAGACGGUGGCCAACAUCUUCGUGCUGAACCUGGCCGUGUCCGACCUGACCUUCCUGGUGACCCUGCCCCUGUGGGCCGUCGUCACGGCCAUGGGCUACCACUGGCCCUUCGGGGUCUUCCUGUGCAAGGCCACGGCGGCCAUGAUCCUCUUCAACCUCUACACCAGCGUCUUCUUCCUCACGGCGCUCAGCAUCGACCGGUACCUGGCCAUCGUGCGGCCCAUGGAGUCCCGGCGCUACCGCACGGUGCGCUACGCCCACCUGACCUGCGUGCUGGUCUGGACGGUGUCGCUGCUGCUCAGCCUGCCCAUGGCCCACACGCGCAGCACCAUCCCCAUCAACGGCACCGACAUCACCGUCUGCGGCAUCCUCAGCAACACCUCCAGCCACUGGCUGGUGCCCCUCAGCCUGAUGAAGAGCGUGCUGGGCUUCCUGGUUCCCCUGGCCGUCAUCCUCACCUGCUACUGCCUCAUCGGCCGCGCCGUCCACGGCCCCAGGGCCGGCGUCCCGCCCGGCGUCCGGGGCGGCAACAACCGCUGCCACGGCGACGAGGUGCUGUACAUGCUGGCGGCGGCCGUGCUGGCCUUCUUCCUGUGCUGGGCGCCGCACCAGCUCUGCAGCCUGCUGUACAUGCUGCUGCACCUGGACGUCAUCAGCGACUGCGGCGUGCUGGACGCCGUCGACACGGCCAUGCCCUUCACCAUCUGCAUCGCCUACUUCAACUCCUGCGUCAACCCCAUCCUGUACGGCUUCGUGGGCAAGAACUUCCGCCGGAGUCUGCUGAGCCUGCUGCGCUGCGGUGGCAAGGGCCUGCCGCCACGACACGGCGUCCACCACAACCACCACCUCAACCUCUCCACCAAGAUGAGCACCCUCUCCUACCGCACCUCCGACAGCCAGGUUCUCACCACUGCUGCCAAGACCUCCUCGCUGUCUCGAAACGAGCACUUAGAGGAAAAGAAGUAAUGACUGGGAUGGGAGAGCGAGAACAAGCACUGUACGGUUCCUGUGAAGAAGCGGAUGGCUAGAAAUAAAAACAAUGUUUUUUUUAAAUUAAAAUCUCGCACAGUUAAGCUCACACUGUACUGUGCUUGAAAGAUAAACUUUUUUUUACUGAGAGACAAUGAAAGACAGCAAGACAUUUUAUUUAAGACAAUUAUAAACAAUGUAAAAAAGUAAUUAACUUCUUACUGCCUAAAACAAAGAUGCUCUUAAAAUACAAUAUACAAGCCAACACAUAUAUGGCAUGGGGACUUAACUGUAUUCCUACUCAUGACCGAUAUACGUGCACUUGUAUACAAGAAAAUAUUGAAGAUGUGACCUUCACUUAACAGUACAAACUGCUGUAUCAUUUUAAAGUUUUUAUUCCUAAAAAAAUGGACGGUAAAUCAUUGAAGAUAGCCAGGGUAGCCGACGGGUGGGAGGGGAACAAAUGGGUCAGUUGUCACGGGCCCAGAGAGACAGGGGGCCCCAAAUUGGGUUUUCAAUACAUUGUAUGUAUUGAAUGAGGGGCCCUUUCAGAUGACUUUGUCCUGGGCCCAGCAAAAGCUGUUAGCGGCAAAAGCUGUCAGCUACUGUCAAGACAAGACAAGAAAGACUCUGUAAUAAGAUGACUGGCAAUUGUGACUGGUACUGUAACAAUGUACAAUGUAAUGUAUGUAUGUAUUACUGAUAUUGUUGCUGGUAGACUUCAUAAUCCAACAGUGCCCAGGUGACAGUAGUGCCAAGAAAAAGAAAAAAAAAGAAAACGUCAUAUGGUGCAUCCAAAAUAAAGCAUGUGGUGUCAAUGUUGUUUCAUGUGCAGCAGUAAAAAAAAUUAGCAAUAUUAUUGAGUGUUAAAUUAUUAUUCAAACAUCUACUAUUUACCAUUUAUGAUGAUUAACAGGCA